CCGAAAACCCGACAUGAUGAAGAGCAGUGCUCUGAUGAAGAAGGAGAGCAAGAUGCGCAUACGUGCUUUCCCGACAACUAUGGAUGAGAAGUAUGUAGAAAGUAUCUGGGCCUUAUUGAAGAGCGCUAUCCAAGAGAUACAGAAGAAAAAUAACUCUGGCCUCAGUUUUGAAGAACUUUAUCGCAAUGCUUAUACAAUGGUUCUUCAUAAAUAUGGUGAACGAUUGUAUACAGGACUGAAAGAAGUCGUAACGCAACAUCUCGAAAACAAAGUACGAGAAGAUGUUCUUCGUUCCUUACAUAACAACUUCCUACAAACUUUAAAUCUAGCGUGGAACGAUCACCAAACGUCAAUGGUGAUGAUCAGAGACAUUUUGAUGUACAUGGACAGAGUCUAUGUUCAACAGAAUGAUGUAGACAAUGUGUAUAAUCUUGGAUUAAUUAUUUUUCGAGAUCAGGUGGUCAGAUAUGGAUGUGUUAGAGAUCAUUUACGGGAAACAUUAUUAGGUAUGGUUGCAAGGGAAAGAAGAGGAGAAGUAGUAGAUCGUAGCGCUAUAAAAAAUGCCUGCCAAAUGUUAAUGUUACUUGGAAUUAAUAAUCGCCAAGUUUAUGAGGAAGAUUUUGAAAGGCCUUUUUUACAACAGAGUGCUGAAUUUUAUAGAAUGGAAUCUCAAAAAUUUCUGGCGGAAAAUAGUGCAUCGGUAUACAUAAAAAAAGUUGAAGCUAGAAUCUGUGAAGAAUCUGAAAGAGCAAAACAUUAUUUAGAUGAAUCCACUGAAUCACGGAUAGUAGAAGUUGUAGAAGAAGAGUUAAUCAAAAUACACAUGAAAACCAUUGUUGAGAUGGAAAACAGUGGUGUAGUGCAUAUGCUCAAAAAUCAGAAAACAGAAGAUCUUGGUUGUAUGUAUAAACUAUUUUCGAGAGUGUCGGAUGGAUUGCGCACUGUAUGCGACUGCGUAUCUCAAUUCCUUAGAGAACAGGGCCGUGCGUUAGUGCAAGAAGAGCAUGAAUCAACCACAAAUGCCGUUCUUUACGUCCAAAAUCUGUUAGAUCUAAAGGAUCGUUUCGAUCAUUUUCUACAUUAUUCUUUCAAUAAUGACAAGAAUUACAAACAGACGAUAGCAUCGGACUUUGAAUAUUUCCUUAAUUUAAAUCCUAAAAGUCCCGAAUAUCUCUCAUUAUUUAUCGACGAUAAAUUGAAGAAAGGUGUUAAAGGAAUGACAGAGCAAGAGAUUGAAGGAAUUCUAGAUAAAACUAUGGUUUUAUUCCGUUUCUUACAAGAAAAGGAUGUAUUUGAACGGUACUAUAAACAACAUUUAGCCAAACGGUUAUUGUUGAAUAAAUCUGUUUCAGAUGAUAGUGAAAAGAAUAUGAUAUCCAAACUUAAGACUGAAUGUGGAUGUCAGUUCACAUCAAAGUUGGAAGGUAUGUUUAAGGAUAUAACAGUCAGCAACACUAUCAUGGAUGAAUUUAAAGAUCAUGUCCUUCAAUCUGGCACAAAUCUGCAUGGUGUGGAUAUAAGUGUCCGAGUACUCACAACUGGAUUUUGGCCAACACAGUCAGCCACUCCAAAAUGCAGUAUGCCCACUUCUCCGCGUGAUGCCUUUGAUGCCUUCCGGCGCUUCUACCUGGCUAAACAUAGUGGUCGACAGUUAACAUUACAACCACAAUUAGGUUCUGCUGAUCUAAAUGCUGUAUUCUAUGGACCACGAAGAGAAGAGAGUAAUUGUGGAGGCUUAGAUACGCCAUCGUCUUCAAGUUCUAUUGGAAAUGGUAGUAACGCAAGCAGUAGUUUAAUGAGCCAACGAAGCAGCCUCUGUAAUACACCACGAAAGCACAUAAUACAAGUUUCCACUUACCAAAUGUGCGUGCUAAUGUUGUUCAAUAAGAGAGAAAGAUUAACGUAUGAGGAAAUUCAAGGUGAAACCGAUAUUCCAGAGAGGGACUUGGUUAGAGCAUUACAAUCUCUUGCCAUGGGUAAAGCUACACAAAGAAUUUUACUUAAAUACCCUCGUACCAAGGAAAUCGAAUCUACGAAUUGUUUCUGUGUAAACGAUAGUUUUACCAGCAAAUUACAUAGAGUAAAGAUCCAGACCGUAGCAGCGAAGGGAGAAUCUGAACCCGAGAGAAGAGAAACGCGUAAUAAAGUCGAUGAAGAUCGGAAACAUGAGAUCGAAGCAGCUAUCGUACGAAUUAUGAAAGCCCGAAAGCGUAUGGCUCACAAUAUACUGGUAACAGAAGUAACAGAACAAUUAAGAGGUCGAUUUUUGCCUUCACCUGUAAUAAUUAAAAAACGUAUCGAAGGCUUAAUCGAACGAGAAUACUUGGCUCGUACACCGGAAGAUCGAAAGAUGUAUACAUAUGUUGCUUAAUGCUGAAUAUAUUGGAUGUGUACAAACAUGAAUAUAUAAUUGGGAAAAUUAUAAAAAAAAAUAUAGAUUACAUCGACCGAUAAUUUACAGAUACAUAUUGUUAAAGAAAAAAAAAUAAAAGAUAGGUCAUUUAUUGGAUGCUGAAACUGUAAGACGUGUGUUUAUAUCUAUUAUUAAAUAUUUGAUUUGAAUUAGA